UUUAUUUUUUAUUUAUUUAUACAGUACAUAAAUAAAGCUUCAAAUCUCUCUCUCUGCGGUUUCGUUCCUCUGAACUUGUCCGGAUCCCUUCCUGUUCGCUCCUAGGGGAUAGGAAGCAAACACUUGAAAGAAAUCAUCUUUAAUCUCCUCAGCGAACAGGAAAGUCCAGAACAUGGAACAAAACGGUGCUGGGUGCCAAACUCCUCAAGCUCCUACGCUUUGCGUCAAUAACUGUGGAUUCUUUGGAACUCCAUCAAACAUGAACAUGUGUUCCAAGUGCUAUAAAGAUGCGAUGUUGAAACAAGAUCAAGCUAAACUUGCUGCUUCUUCGCUCGAGAGUAUAAUGAAUGGCGACUCCAGCUCCAGUGCGAAGCCAGUAGGUGUCACCCUAGCUGCACAGGAUGGUCCCACAGAGACCCUGGCGGUACCAACCCAAACAUCCUCCCCGUUGUUGGAGAAUGUCAAUGGGGAGAAGCCCAAGGAAGGUCCAAGCAGAUGCAGCAGUUGCAGGAAGCGUGUUGGCUUAACAGGUUUCACUUGUCGUUGUGGAAAUCUCUUCUGUUCAGCCCAUCGUUACUCAGACAAGCACGACUGCCCUUUCGACUACCACAAGGCAGCUCAGGACACAAUAGCCAAAGCCAACCCGGUCGUUAAGGCUGAAAAACUCGACAAGAUCUAGCCAGGCGACUUCACUUCACAGUGAGUGUUCACAAACUCCUAUAUAUCCAUCCCAGUUGUCGUUUCCAUCGUGGCUUCGGUGAUAUCUCUGUAGUGACUUAUGAGAUGCCUAGAAUGGUGAGAGAAAGAAGGUAGUCUAGGCUUGAUAUGGCAUCUAGUGAUCAAUGAAUUCUAUGUUAUUUGUUGUUGGUGUGGGGAUUAUACUUUGGUUUGAUCUCAAGUCCUCUGUACUCUGGCUUGUUGGGCUUUUUGUGCUUUCAUCUUCGAAUGUAGUGGCACCAAUAUACCAGCAGUUUGUUUAUCCAAAAUUUGCUUCAAAUAA